AUGUUCUUACAAUAAGCCUUUUUCCGUCAUUUCAUUUUCUGUGUUUUCUUCGUCAUUCAUUCUUCUCUCUCUAUCUCUCUCCCCCAAAUUCGUACCAAACCCUAGAAUUUCAUCUUCCAAAAUCUGACAGAUUUCGUUAUCACAACCCUAGAUUUCCUAAUCAAACCCCCAUUCCGCUAAAUCCAUAUCCUAAUCAUACCCUAAUUUCCCGCAUCGAUCGAAUUCCUUCAUUUCUCAAAUCAUUCAAUCGACGAAGUUUUUCUCGAUUGAAUUGAAAAAAACUCUCGAUUUCAUUACAGUGGCUCUCGCAUGGGUAAGAUUCUCCGAGAAACCGCGAAACCAUCUUCCAAUCCAUCAUCACCAUCUUCCUCAUCGGAACCGGCGACAACUUCUUCGACAUCGAUAACCGAAACAGUGAAAGGCUCGCACCAGUUCAAGAUCACUGGGUACUCGCUUUCGAAAGGGAUCGGGAUUGGGAAAUACAUAGCGUCGGAUAUCUUUUCGGUUGGUGGGUACGAUUGGGCCAUUUAUUUCUACCCUGAUGGAAAGAGUGUUGAGGAUAAUGCUACCUAUGUGUCGCUUUUCAUUGCGCUUGCGAGUGAUGGGACUGAUGUUAGGGCUCUUUUUGAGUUGACCCUUUUGGAUCAGAGUGGGAAAGAGAGGCAUAAGGUUCAUAGCCAUUUUGAGAGGACUCUUGAAAGUGGACCUUAUACCUUGAAAUACCGCGGUAGUAUGUGGGGUUACAAGCGGUUUUUUAAGAGGACAGCUUUAGAGACAUCUGAUUACCUUAAAGAUGAUUGCCUUUCUGUUAAUUGUAGUGUUGGUGUUGUGAGGUCACGCACGGAAGGCCCAAAGAUAUAUUCCAUUGCAAUACCACCUUCUAACAUUGGUCACCAAUUUGGUCAACUGCUGGAAAAUGGUAAAGGAAGUGAUGUGAGCUUUGAAGUGGAUGGGGAAGUUUUCACUGCUCAUAAAUUGGUGCUAGCAGCUCGUUCACCUGUUUUCAGAGCCCAGCUUUUUGGUCCUAUGAGAGAUCAAAGUACCCAGUCUAUUAAAGUUGAAGACAUGGAAGCUCCAGUUUUUAAGGCAUUGCUUCAUUUUAUGUACUGGGACUCGCUGCCUGACAUGCAAGAGCUUACUGGGAUGAACACAAAAUGGGCAACAACCUUGAUGGCCCAACAUCUUCUAGCGGCUGCUGAUCGUUAUGCCUUAGAGAGGCUCAGGCUUAUAUGUGAAGCGAGUCUAUGUGAAGAUGUUGCCAUUAAUACCGUGGCUACAACUUUAGCCUUGGCAGAGCAACACCACUGUUUCCAGCUGAAAGCAGUCUGUCUCAAGUUUAUUGCCACCUCUGAAAAUCUCAGAGCUGUGAUGCAAACUGAUGGAUUUGAGUACUUGAAGGAAAGUUGCCCAUCUGUUCUGACUGAGCUACUGGAGUACGUGGCUAGAUUUACUGAGCAUUCGGACUUUUUGUGCAAGCACAGGAAUGAAGCAAUACUUGAUGGUAGCGACAUAAAUGGAAGGCGGGUGAAGCAAAGGCUUUAGUGUGAAGUGGACUCUGAGCAGCCAGCUUUAUGUACAACCCUCGUCAACUCUCCUUUUUAAAUGAUAGUGAGAGCCAUAGUUAGAGGGAGGAUGAUGAUCGUUUAUAGGAUUAGAGACAAGUUUUAAUUUUCUUAGCUAUAUUCUUGUGUAAGAGAUGUGUAAAUGUAAUUUGUGUUGGUGCUGUUACUGUUCUGUUAGGUUUCUGUUAUAUCUUCGUGUUACUUUUUAAUUGGAUAAAAACAUCUGUUUGAAAGUAUGGAUUGCUGCUACUCUUGUUUUUGUAUUCUUUUAUCUUGGACAUUGUGUAUGUUUCUUCAAUUUAGCAGCGCAAAUCAUCUGUAAAAUUCUUGAGAGACA